AUGCUGUUGCCGGAUUGCGAGCCACUUCUGGUACUUGUGAAUGUGAAAAGUGGUGGAUGCCAGGGUGGCGAGUUAAUCAAAGCUUUCAGACGACUUUUGAAUCCUUUCCAAGUGUUCGAUGUUUUAAAAGGUGGCCCAUUAGUUGGAUUAUACGUUUUUCGAAAUGUUCCAAAAUACAAAAUAUUGGCAUGUGGUGGUGACGGUACAAUUGGAUGGGUUCUACAGUGCUUAGAUAUCGCUAAACAGGAUGCAGCAUGUUUCUCGCCUCCGUGUGGUAUUGUUCCGUUAGGUACCGGUAAUGAUCUGGCAAGGGUUUUACGUUGGGGUGGUGGAUAUACCGGUGAAGAGAAUCCAAUGGAUAUUUUGCGCGAUGUUAUUGAGGCGGAAGAAGUACGCUUAGAU